GAGGCACAUAUAUAUACAUAUAUAUACAGAUGCACAAGUCUCUACUCAUCAGCCCCCACAGCUCCUAUAACAUAGGAAUCUAUUUACUGCCGGUAUCACGUGUGAGACAAAGAACCAACUGAAAUGUUAAUUCAUCUGAUAUAAAGGGAUUCCCAGCCAAACAAACAUGAGAUGUGACUUUGUAGAAGUUUAAGUCACACGUGACAUGGAACUGGCAGUGUAAGGGUUAAUAUAUUCAGGAGAAAGUUUCUCUGGUCACUGAUUGGACGUCCCACGUGUGUAUUAGUUUAACCCCUGGAGCUGCUCUGGCUCAUGUUUCAGUGCAGCAGUUUGUGCCAGUCACAGCCCACCCCAGCACCAUAUAUGGACUUUAACUCACUCACAACAGAAAACUCAAUAUCCCAGAGCUGUUUCUGAUCAGCGUUGGAUCUACUGGUCUGAUGUUGUGUUAAAUCUUUGCUCUAGAAGAGACCAACUGCACAGGAAUCAAGUGGAUUUCUUUAUUUCAGCAAAUCCUUUGUCAGUGUCUCCUGCAGAAACGAGGGGCUCCAUCAGGAAUGGCAUCUACUGACCUGAGAGAAGAGUUGAACUGCUCCAUCUGCCUGAGUAUUUAUACUCAUCCCGUAACCCUGCCGUGUGGCCACAACUUCUGCCAGAGUUGCAUUGAGAAGGUGCUGGACACACAAAGAAGAUCACGGGGUUAUACCUGCCCCGACUGCAGAGCAAAGUUUCACAAGCGCCCUGCCCUGCAGAGGAACAGAACUCUGGGGAACAUAGCAGAGCGCUUCCUUCCUGGUCACCCAGAGCCGGGGGAGACUGGGAUCUUCUGCACCUACUGUGUCCUCUCUCCUGUACCUGCUGUUAAAUCCUGUCUCCUGUGUGAGGCUUCCCUGUGUGAUACCCACUUAAAGGUUCACAACAAUUCAGCAGAACAUGUACUGACUGAACCCACCACUUCGUUUUUGGAGAGAAAGUGUUCUAUGCACAGACGGAUCCUGGAGUAUUACUGCUGUAAGGAUGGGGCCCCUAUCUGUGCGUCCUGCUGCCUGGCCGGAAAACACAGGGGCCACAAGGUGGAGCUGCUGGAUGAGGCCUUCGAGAAGAAAAAGGAGAAACUGAGGAAUGUUCUGGAGAAACUGAGCCCAGAGAGAGAGAAGGUGAAGAGAGGAGCCCAGAGACUGCAGGAGCGCAGGAGAGAAGUAGAAGAAAAAGCAGCCGGUGAGACAAAGAGAGUCACUGACCUGUUUAGGGGCAUCAGGGAACAACUGGAAGCCCUAGAGAAGCAAGUCCUGGAUGAGAUCUCCAGGCAGACAAGGAAGAUAUCCCUCCAACUGUGUGACCUACUCCAACAGAUGGAGACAAAGAAGAAAGAACUGACCAGUAAGAUCCGUCACAUUGAGGUGCUGUGUAACUUAGCAGAUCCACUCACUGUCCUACAGGAUCAGGAAUCACAUGGAGCUGACUGUUGUGGGGCUGAGGAGGGAGAGAAGAAGCACAGAAAAACAGAUCAUAUAAAUGUCCCUGAUGUCUGCGAUUUGGACAAGUUACUGAUCUCAGAGACAUUACUCAAAGGUUUAGCUGGGAUUGUGACCAGGGCCUCGUAUGGGCAGGAGGCUACAGACAUGUUACUGGAUAUAAACACAGCGGCCAAUGAUCUGUCUGUGUCCGACAACAGGAAAAUGGCCUCUGGCACAGAAACGGAUCAGGGUCGCCCACAAACACCGGAGAGAUUUGAGUUUGGGCAGACGUUGAGCACCAAGAGUUUCUCCUCGGGGCGACAUUACUGGGAUAUGGAAGUCAGUGAAUCGGGGCUCUGGGGGGUAGGGGUGGCCUAUCCCAGUAUAGAGAGGACAGGGCCUCAAUAUAAUAUUGGAAAUAAUAACAAGUCCUGGGCUUUAUAUUUAUCUCAUGAUAAUUAUUCAGUUAAACAUGAUGAUGUAGAUACCCCUUUACCCCACGUCCCUUCCUGCAGGAGAAUCAGGAUCUCAUUGGACUAUGAGGCUGGAUUUUUGUCCUUUUAUGAGCUGAGUGAUCCAAUCAGACACUUACACACCUUCACUGCCUCCUUCACUGAGCCCCUUCAUGCUGCAUUCUAUGUAUGGUGGGAUUAUGAUUGGGUGAGAAUCAUUAGCUGAUCACUGCUCAGUACAGGGUAUUAAUAAUUAUACAAGAAUAUUAUAUAUAUAUAUACAUGCCCUCACUCUGGCACCAGCAACUUGGCUCUAUAACAUAGAAGAGCUAUAUAUGAUAACUAUAUGAUCUCUCAGAGUUAUGUCCUGCUGGGAGUUACAGUAGCCUUACAAUAGGAGUGCUGCAGUGUCUGUAUGAUCAGCAUAAUGUCCUGCUGGGAGUUACAGUAGGAGUGUAGAGUAACUGUAUGGUUAGAAUGUUGUUCUGCUGGGAGUUACAGUAGCCUUACAAUAGGAGUGCUGGAGUCAACUUUGUAUAUUAAUUUCCUAAUUCUGUAUUGUAAGACUUUAUUAUGAGAUGGAAGAUUGGUGCACACCUGAUCCUUUGUAGGAGGCAUUCAAUGAUACUGGUACUGUGAUGGUGCUGGUAUUCUGAUGGUACUGGUAUUCUGAUGGUACUGGUACUGUGAUGGUACUGGUAUUCUGAUGGUACUGGUAUUCUGAUGGUACUGGUAUUCUGAUGGUACUGGUAUUCUGAUGGUACUGGUAUUCUGAUGGUACUGGUAUUCUGAUGGUACUGGUAUUCUGAUGGUACUGGUACUGUGACAGUACUGGUUUUCUGAUGGUACUGGUACUGUGAUGGUACUGGUAUUCUGAUGGUACUGGUAUUCUGAUGGUACUGGUAUUCUGAUGGUACUGGUACUGUGAUGGUACUGUAUUAUGAUGGUACUGGAAAGUUUUAUUAGGAAGGAAUGAUGGAUUUAUAUAGGAAUGUAUUAGGUGGUGAUAAUAUAUUUUUAUAUGAGCACAUUUAUAUGAGAACAGCCUAUUCCAAUGAGGGACAAAUGGUUAUGUGUCA